AAAAAAUUUCUCUCAUUGACUUUACGAAAAAAUAUUCUUAACUUUGACUAAGAAAAUCAAAAUCACAAAAUGAAUAGUCAAACUGAAUCUAUGAUCAUUAAAGCUAGACACACCAGUCACGGAGAAACCAAAGCUCGUAAAAUUUAUGCCGACAAAAAUAUUAAAUUAGAAGAAUUAGAAUAAUAAGAUACGUGAACGUUUCGAUAUAAGUUACGAAAAAGGAAUUGAAAUUUUUUACCUUGAUGAAGAAAAUGAUCGCGUUAUCGUUUCUUUUGAAGAUGAAUUGAUGCUAGCAUUGAGAAAUAGUAAAAUUCCUGUAUUUGAAAUCAUCGUUAAGCCAAAGACCGUUGAUAAUGAGUGCAUUUAUCCUCAAGUUCCAAAAGGUAAACCUGGUGAUUGUGUAGAAGUUUUAGUAGAAUCACAAUAUCUCACACUUCCAAACGCAAUGAGAGAUGAUACGAAAGCUUGGGGGACUUAUUCUUACACUAACGAUUCAGAUAUCGUUAAGGUUCUUGCUCACUCGGAAAAAGUCGACUUACCUGAUGAUCCACCUCCCUACAAUGUAAUUGCAACUUUACGUUUGUUACCCGGAAAUCUUAAAUAUAUUGGAACUACUAUUCAUGGAAUAACUACAUUGAAUUACGGCCCAUAUGAUUUAAGUUAUAUUAUUGAAAGUAUUAGGCUUGUACCUAUUAGUGAAAAAUCUUAUUUUAACAUUAGUUCAUAAA